UUCUUUUUAUCUAUUCUUUAUUUCUGAAAUCGAAAUAGAAACAGAAUGUCUAUUAAAGAGGUAGUACGUAAGGCUUUUGGUUUUCAUAAGAGCACAACAAAAAGACAUAAAAAGUCAAAAUCAUUUUCCAACUAUAGAAAAGUCAAAAAGAAUUUGUCUAAUAAUAUCAAAUCCUUCUGUAUUCUUAAUGUUGAAGACCCAAAGGCUGAUUUACCUACUAAACAGGAUUUAUUAUUAUUCAUUGACUGGAUCAAAAAUUUUGAGAUAUGGAAGCGUAGAAUUAAAGACAUGCGUAAUUUAGAUAUUACUCUAUUUGCAGAUCCUGGAAACACAGAACAAAUGUUAAUAUCUCAAUACAAGAAAAUGUUGAAGACACUUGAGAUCUUUGAUGAUAUGAUGAAUGAUUUUAGCAUUGGUAUGUCUUGGUUCAGUGCUAUUGAGUCCUUAGGUGCUGGUAUAGAUGAAUUGUGGUUUGACUUGGAGGAUAUAAGAGAAUUCAGUAAUAAAGUUAGAGACGCUUGGUUUCAUAUCAGUAAUGAAAUUAUCAACUUACUACAUCUCCGGUCAGUUGUUACAAUGGAAGCUAAUCAUAAUCCUAACACAGAGAACUUAUAUAGAAAAAAGUAGAAGAAUCAAGACCAAAACUCUGUGUAAAGCAAUAUACAGAAAUAACAUGAUUUUAAAUGAAAAGGAUUACUUAGAAGACUUUCCUAUUCAUUGAAAAUGAAUCCCACGAGCAUCAGUCAUACGUUUUAUAAAACUCUUAUAGGCAGUCCUUUAUUUCAAAAUAAAUUUUUGUA